AUGACCAAAGUCGGCCACGCGCGCCACCGGGCUCGCGGACUACAAAUCCCAGUAGGCCCCGCGCCGCAGCGCAUGCUCGGCGGCGUCCGCGCAGAUCCGCAGCGCGAGAAGCUCAAGCAGGAGCUGUUCGCCUUCCACAAGACCGUGGAACAUGGGUUUCCCAACCAGCCUAGCGCCCUGGCUUUCGACCCGGAACUGCGCAUCAUGGCCAUUGGCACCAGGUCUGGGGCCGUCAAGAUCUAUGGUGCACCCGGUGUGGAGUUCACAGGUCUGCACCAUGAUGCAGCCACCGUUGCCCAGAUGCACUUCCUGCCCGGCCAGGGCCGCCUCCUGACCCUUUUGGAUGACAACAGCUUGCAUCUGUGGGAGAUCAUCCCUCAUGAUGGCUGCGCCCACCUGGAGGAAACGCUCAGCUUCCAGCUGCCCAGCCGUCCUGGCUUUGACAGUAGCAGCACCCUGCCCAGCAUCUCCCGGGUCACUGUGGUCCUGCUGAUGGCUAAUGGUGACAGGGCAGCCCUGGGGACUGAGGGCGGCAGUGUCUUCUUCUUGGACGUGGACACACUGACACUGCUCGAGGGGCAGACCCUUGGCCCUGACGAGAUUCUGCGAAGCCUGCCUGAUGACUACCGAUGUGGGAAGGCUCUGGGCCCUGUGGAAUCUCUUCAGGGGCACUUGCAGGACCCCAGCAAGAUCCUCAUCGGCUACAGCCGGGGCCUGCUGGUCAUCUGGAGCCAGGCUGCGCGAUGUGUGAAUUAUGUCUUCCUGGGCAACCAGCAGCUGGAGAGUCUGUGCUGGGAGCGCAGUGGUGGCACCAUUGUCAGCUCCCACAGUGAUGGCAGCUACACCAUUUGGCCUGUGGACUCAGGCAACUCCAUGGUGUUGCAGCCCACGGCAGCCACCACACCCUACGGCCCCUUCCCCUGCAAAGCCAUCAACAAGAUUCUGUGGCGAAACUGUGAAUCAGGGGGCCACUUUAUCAUCUUCAGUGGUGGCAUGCCCCGUGCCAGUUAUGGGGACCGCCACUGUGUGAGUGUGCUCCAGGCUGAGACUCUGGUGACCCUGGACUUCACCUCCCGUGUCAUUGACUUCUUCACGGUGCACAGCAUGCAGCCUGAGGAUGAAUUCGACAAUCCCCAGGCCCUGGCUGUGCUACUUGAAGAGGAGCUGGUAGUACUGGACCUGCAAACACCCGGCUGGCCAGCUGUGCCCGCCCCGUACCUCGCCCCCUUGCACUCAUCUGCCAUCACCUGCUCAGCUCAUGUUGCCAAUGUCCCUGCCAAGUUGUGGGCCCACCUUGUGAGCUUGGGCGAGCAGCAGAGCCCCCAGCCUGGCUCUAGCACCUCAAGUUGGCCCAUUACUGGGGGCCAGAACCUGGCCCAGGAGCCAUCACAGCGUGGGUUACUGCUGACCGGCCACGAGGAUGGCACUGUGCGGUUCUGGGAUGCCUCGGGCGUGGCUCUGCGACCCCUCUACAAACUGAGCACAGCUGGUCUGUUCCAGACAGACUUCGAGCAUGCUGACAACCUAGGCCAGGCUGCUGAGGACGACUGGCCACCCUUCCGCAAGGUGGGCUGCUUCGACCCCUACAGCGACGACCCCCGGCUAGGUGUGCAGAAGGUGGCACUCUGCAAGUACACAGCCCAGAUGGUGGUGGCUGGCACCGCAGGCCAGGUGCUGGUGCUGGAACUGAAUGACAUGCCGGCUGAGCAGGCGAUCAGUGUGGCCAGUGUGGACCUCCUCCAGGACCGUGAAGGCUUCACAUGGAAGGGCCAUGACCGGCUGAACCCAAGCACAGGGUUACUGCCUUGGCCUGCCGGCUUCCAGCCCCGCGUGCUGGUGCAGUGCCUGCCACCUGCUGCCGUCACUGCUGUCACACUUCACACUGAGUGGGGCCUUGUAGCUUUUGGCACCAGUCAUGGCUUUGGUCUUUUUGACUAUCAACGCAAGAGCCCUGUGCUGGCCAGGUGCACCCUUCACCCUAAUGACUCUUUGGCCAUGGAGGGCCCACUCUCACGAGUGAAGUCACUCAAGAAGUCACUGCGUCAGUCUUUCCGGCGUAUUCGCAAGAGCCGGGUGUCCAGCAAGAAGCGGGCUAUGAACGCCAACAGCAAGUUGCAGGAGGCCAACGCGCAGCUGGCAGAGCAGGCCUGCCCUCAUGACGUGGAGGUGACACCCGUGCAGCGCCGCAUUGAGCCCCGCUCGGCAGAUGACUCCCUUUCGGGUGUGGUGCGCUGCCUCUACUUUGCUGACACAUUCCUUCGUGAUGCUGUCCACCACGGCCCCACCCUGUGGGCUGGCACCAAUUCGGGCUCCGUGUUUGCCUAUGCGCUGGAGAUGCUGGCAGCGGCAACAACAGGCAGUGAGAAGCGGCCAGAGCAAGCAGUAGAGGCUGUGCUGGGCAAGGAGGUACAGCUGAUGCACCGAGCACCAGUGGUGGCCAUUGCUGUGCUGGAUGGGCGGGGCCGCCCACUGCCUGAGCCCUAUGAGGCCUCCCGGGACCUGGCACAGGCGCCUGACAUGCAGGGCGGUCAUGCUGUGCUCAUCGCGUCUGAGGAGCAGUUCAAGGUGUUCACACUGCCCAAGGUGAGUGCCAAGACCAAAUUCAAGCUGACGGCCCAUGAAGGAUGCCGUGUGCGUAAAGUGGCACUGGCUACGUUUGCCAGCGUGGCCUGUGAGGACUAUGCUGAGACCUGCCUGGCCUGCCUCACCAACUUGGGUGAUGUCCACGUCUUUUCGGUGCCUGGCCUGCGGCCCCAGGUGCACUAUUCCUGCAUCCGGAAGGAGGACAUCAGUGGUAUUGCCUCCUGUGUCUUCACGCGCCAUGGCCAGGGUUUCUAUCUGAUUUCCCCAUCAGAGUUUGAACGCUUUUCCCUAAGUGCCAGGAACAUCACAGAGCCAGUGUGUUCUCUGGACAUUCGCUGGCCACGCAACACUACCCAUGUCAGCUAUAGGCUCCAAGAGUCGCCUAAGAUGAGCCAAGCCAAUGGGACUCCAAGCAUCAUCCUGGCCCCACGGAGCUGUGAUGGGAGCCCCUGUACUGCCCAAAGCAAGGGAGCUGGGGAUACUGUGGAGCCAACUGAGGCCAUUCUCUCACCCAUGUCUGUGGACUCAGCCACCAGCGCCGAUACCACACUGGACACGACGGGGGAUGUCACUGUGGAGGAUGUGAAGGAUUUCUUGGGUUCUUCAGAGGAACCCCAGAAGAACCUGAGGAACACAGUGCAAGAUGAGGCCCGCACCUGCACCAUCCUGAUCAAAUGA